CUCGAGCAAAACAUGUUACAUUUAUUACAAGGAACCUUAAGACCUAAAGAUGAAGGUGCUUUAAACAUGCACAUAAUCUAUUCGUCCUUAAAACGACUUUUGAAUAUUCAUUAUUUUAUAUCAAUACUGCAAAUAAAAAAUAUUAGCUUGUCUGCACCUAUUGUCUUGUUAAACUCAUUUAUUUGUUUGUUUAUCAUCGGGCAAUAUUCAAAAAGUAGAGCGCUUACAAAUAUUAGAGGUUGCUGCGACAAAAGGCUUAGAAGUGCAGCAAUAUUUAUUUUGAUUUACAAAAUAUGCUUUCUAUUCUACCUUCCUCAUUCCAAGAAAUAUGUGGUACUCUGUAUAAAUCUGAAAACUCAAAAAGAGAUUUUUGUAUGUAAAUUGUUUAUUAACAUUGGCGAGUCGAAUGAAUAAACGUGUGAGUGGGAGGAAUUAGUAUUACCGCAGGCGAACCGUUCAUUCGACUUAAAGGAUAAACAUUUUUCAAAGUUUGAUUUCACUCUAUUGUUGAUGUCGCAUGUUCUUUGAUUUGAAUGUCAUUUUUGUUACUAUUUGUCGAACGUUCAUAUUGUGUGAACCUUGUCUAAGAGAAAUGUCGGAAAAUAAAACAAGCUGUAAAAGAACUAAUAAAAAUGAGUUCGAAAAGUUAGCCGAAACUAGGAGGAGGUGUUUAAGAGUUUGGGACCAAUUUGGUACAACCCUCAACUCACUCGGGCCACUUAAACAGGAUGGAAAAGAAUGGCACAAGGUUUGGCUGGAUUGUAAGCUUAAAAUCAAGAGAAAACUUUUAAUGAAUAAAGCCGAAGUGGUGUGGGUAAAUACUCCCAAGUUUCCUCCUUUGGAACAAGCUGUGGAUUAACUGCUGGGACUGGAGCAAACUGUAAGGUCAUAAGGUUUGUGCUUCCUUUCGUCUAACCAAACAACAGAGGACUUAUUAUGCUGUCUCAAAAAGACUGGUGCAGAUAAACAAAAAUCAACCUCGUCGCCGACACCACCAAUGAAAAGAAUGUAAAUAAAUGAAAAUUUCGAAAAGGA